AUGGACCAGCCUGCAGCACUCCCGUUCCUAGAUCCACCGAGAUACAGGGAAUUCAUCGUCAAUGUGCCCGGCGACGCCGGGUUUGACCCGUUCUGCCUUGCGAAGGCCUUUGGCUCAGCCAUCGGCCUGCAGACGGGACUGCGCGACACUGAGGAUUUGGCCACGUUUAAAUGGAUGCAAGAAGCCGAGCUCAAGCAUGCGCGGGUUGCCAUGCUGGCCACUGUGCUCUGGCCUCUCUCGGAGCUCGACCACUCGGCUCUCAAGCUACCCCACCUGGAUCUCUCAGGCUCGGUUUCGUCGGUUCAGCUCGUGGGGACGCCGGGCGCAGCAGAGGCUCCGGUGGGCUUGGUCCUCGGCACCAUCUCGCUGGCUGUGGCGAUCAUGGAGCUCUCCAAAGCGCCUGAGAGCCCUCCCGGCUUCUACAGCUUCGAUCCCUUGAGCUUGAAGGAUUUUGAGUUGCCGAUGGCUUGCUGGCUGCCGCAAGGUAGACGAUGGACAGCAGAAGCAGAGCUGAAGAACGGACGGUUGGCAAUGCUCGCUGCCGUCGCUUUUGCCUUCAUUGAGGCUCUAGCCUGGCUGCCCUCCUCCGGACCUUCCCCUCCGCGCCAGCUCUCCGCGCCUGGCCCUGGCCCGGACCUGUUUUUUUCCUAUUUCGAAAUGGUUCUCGCUGCGCGCUGA